AUGCCGCACGGGACGUCUUUCUCCCCCAUCCUCCCCCACGCCAGUGCCGUGAUCACCGGCUCUUUCCUCUCCGGAACCAUGAUGGGGCUGUCCCUCAUCACCGUCCCGGUCUUGCUGGAGACGGCGACACAGCCCUCCUACUUGUUGCAACACUUCGUGCGUCUCUACGACGUGGGGCAUAAGAUGAUGCCCGGGCUGGCGGUCACGACCUGCUUCUUCUACGGGAUUGCGGCCGCCGGCCAGCGGGCGAGUGCCCGGUCGGCGCUGCCGCAGCUCGUGGCGGGGCUCACCACCAUCGCCAUCGUGCCUUUUACGUGGCUAGUCAUGACCCCAACCAACGACGCCCUGUUUCAGCUGCAGGCGGACGCGGGGGCAGCCAGACUGGGGGAGGUGCGGCAACUGCUCGUCCGCUGGGGGUGGUUGCACGCUAUGCGCUCCUGCUUUCCCUUGAUGGGGGCUGUUCUGGGGCUACGAUAUUUGCUUCGAGAAUUAGGCUGGUGA